AUGCGCUUCUCAAACUCCGUCGCGCUCCUCGUAUUUGCCUUCCUUUCGACGAGCCUUGCAUCACCGGUUCCGGGUGAAGCAUUGGUCAACCGUGGUGCCCUCGACGACCUAGAGCGGCUACCAGCAAGGCGGGAACUAGUAGACCGAGGCAUCACCCCACCGCCGUGGAGGGACCACGUCGAACCAACCCCCGCCGGAAUCACUCCACCUCCAUGGAGAGAUAACCUUCCCGAGCCCACUCCCGUACCCCCAGUCAGACGAGAAGACUCGAGGCCGCCUCCAGCUUGGAGACCCAUCGACUCGGAGACCGAUUCAGAACUCGAGUCAAGACCUCCCCCAGCCUGGAGACCUGUCGAGGCUGAAUCAAGACCCCCGCCAGCUUGGAGACCCGUGAAGCGAGAAGCCGAUGCAAGACCUCCCCCAGCCUGGAGGCCCAUCGACAUCAGCGACGACGAUCCCGAAGGACCACCGGCACCCUCGUGGAGACGCCGAGAGACCGUGGCAGAUGCAGCUGGAGUUAUUGCCCCAGAUUGGUAA